UGUCUUACAUGAGAUCCUAAAAUUAAGACACCGAUACUUAUAAUUCGAUCAAAUCAUAUGGAGACAUCAUGACGCGUCUGUCGCCCAAAACUGGUGUUCUUUAUGAUGAAAAUGCAUAUGGUCCGCUAUACGACCUUUUCUUGUUACUAGGGGAUUCUAUCACCCAGCAGGCUAGUUCCCAAGAGCGAGGAUUCGGAUUCGCUGCUGCAUUGCAAGAUGCGUAUAUCCGGAAGUUGGACGUGGUCAAUCGCGGCCUAAGCGGUUACAACACAGAUAUGGCUAUCAAAGUCCUCCUCCGCUGUAUCCCAGCCGUCACCGAAGCCCGAAUGCGUCUCAUGACCGUCUUCUUCGGCGCCAACGACUCAUGCUGGCCAACUUCAUACCUCAAUCAAAGCGUUCCGCUUCCACGGUACCUCGAAAACCUAACUCAUCUAAUGACCCAUGCGAAAGUGAAGGCCCAUAACGCUCGAAUAAUCCUCAUUACCCCACCCCCGAUCAACGAGUACAUGCAGUGGGUUGUUGAUCAAGCCAAAGGCUACAAUCAACCCCGGCGGACUGCUGAGCGGACGAAAGAGUAUGCCGAGGCGACGAGAGAACUUGGUGAGAAACUGGGCGUUCCAGUCGUGGACAUGUGGACAGUAAUCAUGCUGAAAGCUGGUUGGGAGCUUGGAAGUUCGGUACUACCUGGCAGCCGAAAAUUUGGACCGAAUCCAGUCUUGGAGGAGUUGUUGCAUGAUGGUCUUCACCUAUCUCCCUCGGGAUAUCGCAUCCUGUACGAUGAAGUGCUCCAGGUGAUUCGAAAAAAUUGGCCGGAUCAGCUGCCAGAACAUCUGACCAAUGUCCUGCCCAACUGGGAUAAUCCGGAUUGGCAUCACGGAGACGGCUCUUUUGAGAGUGCUACGGGUGCGAGCAACGGGCAAUCUUCCGGUCCGGGCCACAAGGUGUUCCACACUUAGCGAUUGCAAAUCGGCAAGUCUCACACAUCAAUCCGUACCCACGACCCGGCAUGAACUACCGUCUCUCCUACGUCCUGUUCAUCAAACUUCCUCGUAGGAAUCAUUCCGCACAUGUGUUAGAAGAGCAUGUCUUCCGAACUAGUUAGCGAGGUCCAAAUACUCGACAUUGUAGUGCAACCGUAUAUUCUAAUCAUACCCCCAAAAUCCCGAUAUUUGUAUUCAAUAACUUGGUGCUCGUGGCGU